GCGUUUUAUUUUAUUAUUAUUUUUUUUAACCCGGAGUCCUGCAGUACAGCCUGGGGAAGGUGCUGAGGAGCGUGUGGUCCCGAGUGGGGCGCCCGGGCCGCCGGCACCAUGGUGAAGGAACAGUUCCGAGAGACGGAUGUGGCCAAGAAAAUAAGCCACAUCUGUUUUGGGGUGAAGUCCCCGGAGGAGAUGCGCCAGCAGGCUCACAUCCAGGUUGUGAGCAAGAACCUGUACAGCCAGGACAACAACCAUGCCCCCUUGCUAUAUGGAGUGCUUGACCACAGGAUGGGUACAAGUGAGAAGGACCGUCCUUGUGAGACCUGUGGGAAGAACUUGGCCGACUGUCUAGGCCACUAUGGCUACAUCGACCUGGAGUUGCCGUGCUUUCAUGUGGGCUACUUCAGAGCUGUCAUCGGCAUCUUACAGAUGAUCUGCAAGACCUGCUGCCACAUCCUGCUGUCCCCGGAGGAGAAGCAGCAGUUUCUGGAUUACCUGAAGAGGCCCGGCCUGACCUACCUGCAGAAGCGGGGCCUGAAGAAGAAAAUCUCCGACCAGUGCCGGAAGAAGAGCAUUUGCCAGUUCUGUGGCGCCUUUAACGGUACUGUAAAGAAGUGUGGCUUACUGAAGAUAAUUCAUGAGAAAUACAAGACCAACAAGAAAGUGGUGGAUCCCAUGGUAUCAAAUUUUCUUCAGUCCUUUGAGACAGCCAUUGAGCACAACAAAGAAGUUGAGCCACUGCUGGGAAGGGCACAGGAAAACCUGAAUCCUCUAGUAGUUCUGAAUUUGUUGAAGCGUAUCCCAGCUGAAGACGUCCCUUUGCUCCUAAUGAACCCAGAGGCUGGGAAGCCCUCAGAUUUGAUUCUCACAAGACUUCUGGUGCCUCCCUUGUGUAUCAGACCCUCUGUCGUGAGUGACUUGAAGUCUGGCACCAAUGAAGAUGAUCUGACAAUGAAAUUGACAGAAAUCAUUUUCCUAAAUGAUGUUAUUAAAAAGCAUCGUAUCUCUGGAGCCAAGACGCAGAUGAUCAUGGAGGACUGGGACUUCCUGCAGCUGCAGUGCGCCCUCUACAUCAACAGCGAGCUCUCCGGCAUUCCCCUCAACAUGGCGCCCAAGAAGUGGACUCGAGGCUUUGUCCAGCGCCUCAAGGGGAAGCAAGGUCGAUUUCGAGGUAACCUGUCAGGAAAGAGAGUGGACUUUUCUGGCCGAACAGUUAUCUCACCUGACCCUAACCUCCGGAUUGAUGAGGUUGCUGUACCAGUUCAUGUGGCCAAAAUUCUAACUUUCCCUGAGAAGGUGAACAAAGCAAACAUCAAUUUUUUGAGGAAACUGGUUCGAAAUGGCCCAGAUGUUCACCCAGGAGCCAAUUUCAUCCAGCAGAGACAUAUGCAGAUGAAAAGGUUUUUGAAGUACGGAAAUCGGGAAAAGAUGGCUCAGGAGCUCAAAUUUGGUGACAUCGUGGAGAGACACCUGAUAGACGGGGACGUGGUGCUGUUCAACCGGCAGCCCUCGCUGCACAAGCUGAGCAUCAUGGCCCACCUGGCCAGGGUCAAACCCCACCGGACCUUCAGAUUUAACGAAUGUGUGUGUACCCCCUACAAUGCGGACUUUGACGGCGAUGAAAUGAACCUUCAUCUCCCUCAGACGGAGGAGGCCAAAGCAGAGGCCCUUGUUCUCAUGGGGACUAAAGCAAACCUUGUCACCCCGAGGAACGGGGAGCCCCUCAUUGCUGCUAUUCAGGACUUUCUAACAGGUGCCUAUCUCCUCACCCUCAAGGACACAUUCUUUGACCGAGCCAAGGCGUGCCAAAUCAUCGCUUCCAUACUGGUUGGCAAGGAUGAGAAAAUUAAAGUGCGCCUCCCGCUGCCCGCCAUACUGAAGCCUGUCACCCUGUGGACCGGAAAGCAGAUCUUCAGUGUCAUCCUCAGACCCAGCGAUGACAAUCCAGUGAGGGCCAACCUCCGGACCAAGGGCAAGCAGUACUGUGGCAAGGGGGAAGACCUCUGCGUCAACGACUCCUACGUUACGAUCCAGAACAGCGAGCUGAUGAGCGGCAGCAUGGACAAAGGCACCCUGGGGUCCGGCUCCAAGAACAACAUCUUCUACAUUUUGCUGCGAGACUGGGGACAGAACGAGGCUGCAGACGCCAUGUCACGGCUGGCCAGGCUGGCUCCCGUCUACCUGUCCAACCGCGGGUUUUCCAUUGGGAUCGGUGACGUCACGCCCGGCCAGGGACUGCUGAAGGCCAAGAAUGAGCUGCUGAGCGCCGGCUACAAGAAGUGUGACGAGUACAUUGAGGCCCUGAACACGGGCAAGCUGCAGCAGCAGCCGGGCUGCACCGCCGAGGAGACGCUGGAGGCCCUGAUUCUGAAGGAGCUGUCUGUGAUCCGGGACCAUGCUGGCAGCGCCUGCCUGCGCGAGCUGGACAAGAGCAACAGCCCUCUCACCAUGGCCCUGUGCGGCUCCAAAGGUUCCUUCAUUAACAUAUCACAGAUGAUUGCCUGUGUGGGACAGCAAGCCAUCAGUGGCUCUCGAGUGCCAGACGGCUUUGAAAACAGGUCUUUGCCUCAUUUUGAAAAACACUCCAAGCUCCCCGCUGCCAAGGGCUUUGUGGCUAAUAGCUUUUAUUCUGGUUUAACACCAACUGAGUUUUUCUUCCACACAAUGGCUGGCCGGGAGGGUCUGGUCGACACAGCCGUGAAGACAGCUGAAACCGGCUACAUGCAGAGAAGGCUGGUCAAGUCCCUGGAAGACCUCUGCUCCCAGUAUGAUCUGACUGUGCGGAGCUCCACCGGUGACAUCAUCCAGUUCAUCUACGGGGGAGAUGGCUUAGAUCCUGCGGCCAUGGAGGGGAAAGAUGAACCACUGGAGUUUAAACGGGUCCUGGAUAACAUCAGAGCAGUGUUCCCGUGUCAGAGCGAGCCUGCUCUCAGCAAGAACGAGCUCACCCUGACCACCGAGGCCAUUAUGAAGAAGAACGAGUUCCUCUGCUGCCAAGACAGCUUCCUGCAGGAAAUAAAAAAAUUCAUCAAGGGGGUUUCCGAGAGGAUCAAGAAAACCAGAGAUAAAUACGGCAUUAACGAUAACGGCACAACUGAGCCCCGCGUGCUAUACCAGUUGGACCGGAUCACCCCCACCCAAAUAGAAAAGUUUCUGGAGACCUGUAGGGACAAGUACAUGAGAGCGCAGAUGGAGCCAGGCUCUGCAGUGGGCGCUCUCUGUGCACAGAGCAUUGGCGAACCAGGCACCCAGAUGACCCUGAAGACUUUCCACUUUGCAGGGGUGGCCUCCAUGAACAUCACCCUGGGUGUGCCCCGAAUUAAAGAAAUCAUCAACGCGUCCAAGGCCAUCAGCACUCCAAUCAUCACAGCGCAGCUCGACAAGGAUGACGACGCAGAUUACGCCCGCCUCGUGAAAGGCAGAAUCGAGAAAACCCUCCUAGGGGAGAUCUCAGAGUACAUCGAGGAAGUGUUUCUUCCCGACGACUGCUUUAUUCUUGUCAAGCUCUCCCUGGAGCGGAUCAGACUUCUGAGACUGGAAGUGAACGCGGAGACCGUGCGGUACUCCAUCUGCACAUCCAAGCUGCGGGUGAAGCCUGGCGACGUGGCUGUUCAUGGUGAGGCUGUGGUGUGCGUCACUCCCCGGGAGAACAGCAAAAGUUCCAUGUACUACGUGCUGCAGUUCCUCAAAGAGGACCUGCCCAAGGUGGUGGUCCAGGGCAUCCCAGAGGUGUCCAGAGCUGUCAUCCACAUCGAUGAGCAGAGCGGGAAGGAGAGGUACAAGCUACUGGUGGAGGGUGACAACCUGCGGGCAGUCAUGGCCACCCACGGUGUGAAGGGCCCCCGGACGACCUCCAAUAACACCUACGAGGUGGAGAAAACCCUGGGCAUCGAGGCUGCGCGGACAACCAUCAUCAACGAGAUUCAGUACACGAUGGUCAACCACGGCAUGAGCAUCGACCGGAGGCACGUGAUGCUGCUCUCCGACCUGAUGACCUACAAGGGCGAGGUCCUGGGAAUCACUAGGUUUGGCCUGGCCAAGAUGAAGGAGAGCGUGUUGAUGCUGGCCUCCUUUGAGAAGACAGCUGACCAUCUCUUUGACGCCGCCUACUUUGGACAGAAGGAUUCCGUGUGCGGCGUGUCCGAGUGCAUCAUCAUGGGCAUCCCCAUGAACAUAGGAACCGGGCUCUUCAAGCUGCUCCACAAGGCCGACAGGGACCCAAGCCCACCCAGAAGACCCCUGAUCUUUGAUACAAACGAAUUCCACAUCCCCCUUGUCACAUAGUUCAAGGCCACAAGAGACCGUUCUUGACUUUGGUUCCUUGUCCUGCUACAACUGGCUUGAAGAACUUUGUGCUUCCUGGGACAGAAGCCUGGAUAUGCCCACCUGUGCCCAUGCUCAGAUGAGGCCCUUGGCCUCCCCAGGAGCAACUCCUCAGGUGGAUUAUCAGCUUCUGCGCGCCCCUGCCUGCACCAUGCUGUGUGGGAGAGCGGCGGGUUUGCGCAUGACGGCAGCGCCUCAGCACCUUCGGCCGACCCCACCUCACCGCACCCUUUCAUCGGCUUCCACGGCAGACCUCUCUGUACCUGGCUGGGAGCCAGAUCCAAGCCCGCGCCAGCUACGGCAGUCCUGGUUCCCCAUCUCGGGCAUGCUGGGAUCUCUCCACAUGAUAUACUCGUGUAAAUAUGUUAUUUAUUUGUUCAAAAUCCCAUUUGGGAUUUUGUUGUUAUUUAAUUUCACUUUUGAAAACAGGUUAUAAGUACCAAGAAGGCCAGCAUCAAAGCGUCAGCAGAAAAACUGGUUAAAUGAAUAGGAGCGUGUAGACUGUGGCUGACCUUUUCCCGAAACACCUGUCUCUGCCCGGCGACACCACUGCUGUCAUCUACCUCUGACCCCCACGGAGGCUCUACUUUGUGACAAAAGUCAGUCUCGUUCCUCAUAGCCUGCUGAAGCCUCACUAAAGUUUGGCACUGCUUAGGUGGGCACCAACCCAGAGCUUAGCAUUGUCCUCAGAUGACGCAUAGCUGGUCCAGGUUGCCUGCCCUGCCUUACGCUGGUGUCCACACCUCUCCUGAAUUGUCUGCACGUCCGUCCUGCCUCCCAGAGUGAAAGAGUACGCAGCGCUAGUUCACUGCCAGGGACACAAUACGAGGGGUCUGUUCGCAGCAGGCAGCAGCAGGCUCCCGGAGGAGUCGGUCUCCCUGACGACAGGAAACAGACCCCAGUGCUGAGGGGAGCCGGAGGAGACAGGUGCGCCGUGGGGGGGGGGGGGGGUGUGAGUCACUUCCCAGGCUGCUUUCUGCCAGUGGCCGAAGAUUGCUUCGGGGAAUUUCAUGCAACAUAGGAAAGAAAUUUUAAAAAAGUAGCUGUCUUCUAGGAGGGCUUUGCUCCUGGAGACAAUGUGCUCUUUGUGCUGAAUUUGCUUAGUGGGCUUGGCCCAGGGCCAGGGAGAACAGACCAUGUUGAAGACCCCCCCUCUCCAGAGAGCAUUCUGUGGGGUCCCUCCUCCCCUUCCCUGCCCACAUAGGGUCCAGUAUUCUGUUCUUCCUUACGCCCUGGAAAGUGAGGUGACCAGAAGCAGGGAUUUAAUCCUGCUUUUUGGCUCCUUGUACUUGACAUUUACUUUGUAAAUUGCACAGCGGGUCGGACUGUCUCAGCCUCUGCAAGAAACAGCCUAAGCUCAAGAGAAAGUUUAUUGUCAAACAAAGUGAUGGAUUUGUGCGAAGAGAUGGAUGUAGUAAAAGAAAAAAUAAAGAGGAUGCUGAAAGAUUCGGGACAGAAUUUUGUAGACCUGCUUAGACGCUCUGGUGCCCGGUGUUCAUCCCCCGCCCCCUCCCCGCACUGGGCUCGGGCUGCUCUUAGCGCAGGGGAAGGCUCUGUGGCCCACGCCGCUGUACCGGCCUGGCCCUGCGUGGCUUACUCUCGUGUCGCCGUCUCUCACUGGCCUCACAGCCGAAGUCCUACCUCUGCCUCCCCAGUGCUGGGAUUAAAGCUGUGCCAUACCA